AUGUUGAUAAGUUCUGUUAUCAGCGCGUUCAUAACGCGGAGCUAUAAAGAAUUAUGCGAAUUUGAUUGCCAACUUCAUUGUUGUGUGUUUGAUCGCGAUCGCAGUCGUUUGAAAGAAUUGACUGAAAGUGAUUGUGUAAGGAACAAUUUGCGUGUUCAGAUUGAAGAAUAUUUGACAAGACUAUCUCAAAUCACUGGCAGAAGGCUUAUCAAUUGUUUUCUUGUACUAAAAUUUCUUGAACUCGACAGUAGAGGGAACCAAUACUUGUUAGCUGAAGAAACGUCGAUUAAUACACCUGCAAUCGCUUGCGCAAUUGUUACAAAAGAUUUCGAGGCUCAAUCAUGCGAACAACUCUCUCUUCGGGUUUGUUCUAUCAUUUACCGGAAAUCAGAUAUGGGCGGCUCAAACUAUUUAUCUUUUUAG